GAAAAGCAACGUGUAAUUCAGCCAGCUAACUUUACUAGCGGAGGCGCGCCAAAUUUAAAAAUUAAGCUAACUUACCUUUGUGAUGAUAUGGUAGCUAGAAAACUAUUGAUAUUUAAACACUGCUUCAGGCUUCUUCCCCUGCUUAUCUGUAGCGUGUCAGUUAGCUACAAACAACUUUAACUAUCUUAGGCUACGUAUGAUGCGAAGACACCGAACAACAGCUGCCAAGGCUGUCGAGUAUAAAGACUUUGACACCGACCUGUCCUUCUCACAGACAUUGAGUAGCGAUGAGGAUUUUGAGGAAUGGAGGCCGCAAGAGCCCAAACCAAAAGUGCCCCGCAAAACUGCCACAGCCCCUGCAGCCCGGGAGAAGAAAGCAUCUGCCAAGAGAGCUGCUAAACCAAAGGAGCCCAAAAUACCCAAAGAACCCAAAGUGCCUAAAGAACCUAAGCCAAGGGCACCACGCAAGCCUGCAGCAGAGCGAAAAACUAAGGCCACCAAAGUCCUGAAGGAUUCUGGUGCACCUGGGUUGGCUGGAACAAAGAGGAAAAAUAUAGAAGAGGGCAAAAAUAAGGCAGGAGAAAAACUAGCAGAUGGUCCACAUGUACUGAAGGAGGAAGAGAGUGGGCCAAGUGUUCGAAUAAAGGAGGAGAGGUUGUCAUUUGUCAUGUCAGAAGCCCACCAGGCAGACAGAUGGGCAGGUGCAGGAUCCUCACUAGCUGGGCUUAAAGCAGAGAAAGCGGAAGUGGAAACAGAGGAUUUCACUUUUGAUGAGCCCUGUCAAAAGAAACAGAAGACCAGUGGCACCACUUUCAGACAACCAACUGCUUUACCACCAUCAUUGGCAACCGGUCUGAGGGAUGAACUCAGUAUGAACUGGGACUUUAUAGAGUUGCUGUCCACCCUUACAUGUGUGGAGCGAUGGGUGUGUGUAAAUAUCAUUUCUCUGCUUCGUGAGGAAAACACAGUGCCAUUUAUGGUCCGCUACCGCAAAGAGAUGAUAAACCACAUGGAUUCCGACGCUGUACGAGAUGUCCAGCUGGUGUAUGCGGAGUUAUGCUCUCUAUCAAAGAAGACCCAGUCUGUGAUUCAGACCCUGAAGAAGGACGGGGUUUUGACAGCUGAGCUUGAACAUGAACUAAGGAGCUGCCGGUCAUUUGAUGAACUGGAUCAUGUGUAUUCUCCUUAUAAGAAAGGCAGUAAGCUGACGAAGGCUCGCAGGGCUAAAACGCUCGGCCUUGAGGUGGCCGUCUCUGCUCUAUUGGACUCCCCACACACGCUGGAUUUAAGGGAAUGGGUAAAGCCUGGCACUGAGGGUCUGUCGUCAGUGGAAGAAGUGGCUACAGGUGUGGAGCAUAUCUUAGCUGAUAUGAUAGCAAAAGACCCAGAGACACUCAGCUACAUCAAAACAUUGUGUGAAAACAGCUUUGUGAACAUCCAAUCCUCUGUGUCCAAGUCAGCUCUAAAGGAGAGGGAGCAGGAGAAGGGUGUCCAGGGCCACCAAAGACCAGGGGCCCAGCAAAACAAAAACAAGGACAUUGACAAGUUUCACAUCUACUUCAACUUCAACUCCAACAUCCAGCGCAUCCAGUCCCAUCAGACCCUGGCUAUUAACCGAGGGGAGAGUCUGAAGAUUCUGACAGUGAAGGUGAACAUCCCGGAUAGGGUGAAGAGUGACUUCACUGGAUGGUGCAUCAACAUUAGGUGGAGGCCAAAGACAUCUGCAAGAGAAGACCUAUAUGCGAUCAUCAGGAAUGCAGUAGAUGACUCUUACAAAAGGCUGAUUCUGCCAUUCCUCACCAGGAGUUACAGGACCAAGCUGACAAGUGCAGCAGAGAAGGAGUCAAUCGCCCUGUUUGUGAGAAACCUCCGGCAGCGGCUGUUGGUGUGUCCAGUCAGGGGCUGUGUCAUCAUGGGGGUGGACCCUGGCUUUAGACAUGGUUGUAAGCUGGCGAUUCUCUCCCCUACUAGUCAGAUUAUGCAUACUGAUGUUGUGUACCUGCAUAAUACAGGCCAGCAUCGAGAACAAAACACAGACAAACUGUGCCACCUUAUGAUGAAAUACAGCUGUACCAGGGUUGUCAUCGGCAACGGGACAGCAUGUCGGGAGACUGAGUCCUUCUUCGCUGACCUAAUCUCCAGGCGCCGUUUUCACCCUCUGGAUGUGUCCUACUGUAUAACCAAUGAGGCAGGAGCGUCUAUCUACAGUGUGAGUCCAGAGGCCGUCAAAGAGAUGCCAGACUUGGACCCCAACAUUCGGAGUGCAGUGUCCAUUGGAAGACGUGUCCAGGAUCCACUGGCUGAGCUUGUAAAAAUCGAUCCGAAACACAUCGGCAUUGGAACAUACCAGCAUGAUGUAUCGGCCGGAGCUCUGAAGGCAGCGCUGGACGGUGUGGUGCAGGAAUGUGUGAGCUUUGUGGGUGUGGACAUCAACAUCUGCUCUGAGAUACUGAUGAGGCAUGUAGCAGGCCUUAAUGCUGGCAGAGCGAAGAGUAUUGCUGAAUGGAGAGAGCAGAAUGGUCCCUUCAACAACAGGGAGCAGCUCAAACUGGUCAAAGGCAUGGGGCCGAAAUCCUACCAGCAGUGUGCCGGCUUCAUCAGAAUCAACCCGCAGACCCUUCCCAGUGCCAAAUUCUCAACUCAUCCUGCAGCAGCAGUGCUAGAGAAACCAGUUUCUAAGAAGUGCAAAGGAAAAACUUGUGGCAACAUACCAACCUCCUUGAACCCCCUGGACCAGACCUGCAUACACCCCGAGUCCUACGAUGUGGCACAGAGAUUUCUUCUCCUCGUGGGUGGAGCCGCUGACCAGAUCGGGAGUGCAGGCCUGCAGCAGUGCGUGGAGAGGAAGGUUAGGACCAGUAGUGUGGAGGAACUUGCUAGGACGGUGGACACCACAACGGAGACCCUUAAACUCAUCAUAGAUGGCCUCACACAGCCUCCUGGGUUCGACAUACGACAAAAUUUUGGGCAGGCGGACUUUAAGCGGGGCAUUGUGUCCAUGAGUGAUCUGCGGGUGGGUACAGUGCUGACCGGCCGGGUGGACAACACGACUCUAUUCGGGGCUUUUGUAGACAUUGGUGUUGGUCGCUCGGGCCUCAUCCACAAAAGCUACAUCACCCUGGACAAACUGCCUGCCAGCCAGCGCAGACGCAGCCUGGUUCUGGGACCUGGGGAACGGGUGGUGGUCCGGGUCCUGAAUGUGGAACCUGAGAGGGGAAGGAUCAGCUUGGACCUGAUCAGGGUCUUGCAGUAGAAACAUUUCAUUCCUAUGACUGGCAUCCCACCGUAAUUUCACUGGACAAUAUUUCAGGAAAUAAACAAAUCUUCUUCAAGCAAAUAACUUCAGGA